UUACGCCCACGAUUUGGUUGCAGAAGAUGAGAUUGACAACGAAACUGCCAUCUACAAACAUCUUAGCACCGUGGGGAACCCCAACCAUCCAGGCAAGGCGUAUGUCCGCACUAUUCAGGACUCGUUCUCUAUUACGAGUAGAGCAGGGAAUCACCAUCAAUGUCUAGUUCACGAGGUUCUUUCUAACGAUAUAUUGAGCCUCCGGUAUACUCGCCCAGAUUGUAAACUGCCCGAGAUAAUGCUCAAGCAAAUUUUGAUCCAUUUGCUGCUCGCACUAGACUUCUUGCAUAGCGAAUGCCAUAUCAUCCACACAGAUAUAAAAGAGGAGAAUAUCUUGCUGGGUUUGACCGAUUCAUCUAUCGUGGAACAGCUGGACACAAAAGAAAUCGCGGCAUCGAGCUUUUAUAAAGGUGUUAACGGGUACAAUCUCUACAAAAGCGCAAAUUUUGGUAUUCCAACGAGAUUUGGACGCCCGAUCCUGUGUGACUUCUCACUCGCUCGGAAAGGACAGGUCGAGCACUGUCAUGACAUUCAGCCGGAUCCUUACCGGGCUCCCGAAGUCAUUCUAGAGAUGCCCUGGGGCUAUGCUGUGGAUAUAUGGAACGUCGGGGUCAUGGUCUGGGACAUGUUUGAGAAUAGACGUAUGUUCGAUGGGCUUGACCCCGAGACUGGCAAGUAUGGGAACCGCUUCCACCUUGCUAGUAUAGCUGGUCUAUUAGGACCUCCUCCCCUCGAGUUCCUCCAACGAAGCGAGUGCAGCUCCGUUUACUUCGAUGAUAGAGGCAACUGGAAGUGUCUGAAUCCUGUCCUAUCAGUGUCUUGGGAAGAUUCCGAGAGAAAUCUCGAGGGCAACAAUAAGAAAGGCUUCCUCGACUUCGUCCGCAAAAUGGUCAGGUGGACACCAGAAUCGAGAGCGUCGCCCUCUGAGCUAUUAGAAGACCCUUGGCUUCUUGGAGAAGUGGAGGAGUAAGGAGUCGGUCUUGGUUUGAUAAAUGGGCAGCCACUAGGUAGAUGGCGAUGGUGAAACGGAUUAAGGGCCACCAUGGCGCUUGACAGCCACGUGGAAACUGAUAGUUCUUUUGAUAUCGAUGUCACUCACUCUAGCUCUAUUUCUCUAGAUUCCCCAGCAUCUUAUUGCUGCCAUUAGAGCGCAGAUUAUAUCAAACACUGUGUGUUGCGGGUGGACUGGCAUUUAGCAAAGCGUUAGGCAUUGACGUGCGAGCAGGAAAACCAAACUGGGUUGCAGCAUCGUAUCCGUAAGCUUCCUGACUAUUUAAUUUGAGAAAGCGGGAUGGAGGGGAUGGGAUUCGCAAGCCCCGAGGUUGUCUGGAAUCUCAUCAAGGUGGCAUUUACUUGCUGCUAUAUAAAACUCAAU